AUGCGCAGCCGGUCGGCGUCGGGCAGCGAGUCUGGCUCCGGCGGCGGUGGCGGUGGCGGCGGCGGCGGUGGCGGCGGCGGCGGCGGCGGCGGUGGCGGCGGCGGCGGGGGCCGCAGCAGCAGCAGCGCCGUCAGCCGCUCGGCAUCCAGCAGGUCCAGGUCGCGGUCGCGGAGUCGCAGCCGCAGCCACAGCCGCUCCAGCUCCAGCUCCAGCCCCUCGGCCUCAUCUAGCUGCACCUCCGCCUCCUCCUCGCCGCGCACCGACAAGUCCUGCUCGCCACACAGCAACGCGCACCACGCGCGUGGCGGCAGCCAGGGGGCGGGGCGCGCGGGCGGCGUCGCGCUGCAGUCGGCGGUGAGUGCGGCUUCGACGCACGCCAACAACGCCAGCCCCGCGCACGCCCACGCGCACGCCCACGCCCACGCGCACGACGACCGCCGGCCCGUCGCCAUCUGCGUGCGCAACCUGCCCGUCCGCUCCAGCGAUACAAGCCUGAAGGAUGGUUUGUUUCACGAGUACAAGAAACAUGGAAAGGUCGUUUCUGUAAAAGUUGUGGGGCAAGGUGGUGAGCGGUACGCCAUCGUGUGCUUUAAGAAAGCUGAUGAUGCGGAAAAAGCUUUGGAGGAGUCACAAGAUAAACUCUUCUUUGGCUGCAAGAUAUCAGUGGCACCCUACCAGGGUUAUGAUGUGGAUGAUAAUGAGUUUAGGCCAUAUGAAGCAGAACAAGAUGAAUACCAUCCAAAAGCAACACGUACAUUGUUCAUCGGUAACCUAGAAAAAGAUAUUACUGGGACGGAAUUACGGAAACAUUUUGAGCAAUUUGGCGACAUAAUUGAAAUUGACAUUAAGAAGCAGGGAGCCAUGUCAUCAUAUGCGUUCUGCCAGUUCAGUGAUAUUGCCAGUGUUGUGAAAGCCAUGCGGGCAAUGGAUGGAGAACAUUUAGGUGCCAACCGAAUCAAACUAGGUUUUGGGAAGUCAAUGCCUACCAAUUGUGUUUGGGUGGAUGGCAUCCAUGAAACUGUAUCUGAGAAGUACCUGAACAUCCAGUUCACCCAGUUUGGUGCCACCUCGCAAGUGGUGGUGGCCCGUGAUAGAGGCCAAGCGCUUGUGUAUUUUGAGCAGUUGGCCUGUGCACAGGAGGCUGUGCAUGAGAUGCGUGGUUUCGUACUCAGGGGUCGUAAGCUGCAGGUGGACUUUGCAUCGAGGGAGUGUCAGGAAGCAUUCUAUGAGCACCUCGAAAAGCAAGGCCAUGUAGCAGCUGUCGGAGAACGUCCCUGGGAGCGCUACGAUUCCAACAGCCGGGAGGUGUCCGCCAGCCGCUUUGACACCACCACCGUGGUGCCCGGCUCCCGCUUCUCCUCCCGCUACGAGACGCCGUCCCGCGCCCGCAACUCGUAUGGCGGCGGGGGCGGCAGCAGCGGCCGCAGUGGGAGCGGCUCCUCGGAGCCCCGGACGCCCACCGGCUGCUCGACGCCCGGCGGCGCGGGGGCGCACAGCCCAGCCGCGAGCGCGGGCGCUGGCGCGACGGCGGCAGGGAGCGCGGCGGCGGCGAGCGCGGUGGCGGGGGGCGUCGGCCCCGGCGGCACCGGGACGGUCGCCCGCGGCGGGGGCGGGGGCGGGCUCAACACGCAGCCGCGCCAUCCGCUCCGCGCGCUGCCGGCCGCCCGCGCUGCCGCAGCGCCGCCCCCGGGCAGCGCUACGACUACUACGACUCAGAAGUACCCCGGCGCAGAUAAC